AGAAUACACAGCCUCACCAAUACACUGUCAGCAACUUAACCCUGAUGUGUUUAGCAGUACGCCAUUAUUAACCUGUUUCGCCGUUUGUGAGAAUUUUGUGUGACCUUGUUGCUGUUGGCUAAAGCACUCAGGUUAAUGAGCUGCUGUCCUUGAGAAACACGAAAGACACUCAGCAUCGACGUGUCUCUGUGUCGCGGAUUAAACAGUGGCGGUUUUAUGGGCGUGCGCACACUGAGGAGGGCACUAUGAUAGGUCGUGUCGGAGGGUGGAGAGAUGGUGUGAAGAUAUGACCCGGCACUGCUGAAUGAACGCGUCUUCUCCGAAAAUACGUCCAGGUGUAGACCGAUCAAAUCGCCAUGAACGGCACCAAACUCUGCCUUCGACUGCAACGCCGGUAUUAUUCGGCCAGUCUGAGGGCUACAUACCACAGGACUCUGGACAGGAUCGAGCUAAUGCUCCCGCCUAAACUAAGACCUCUGUACAACCAUCCAGCAGGGCCAAAGACGGUUUUCUUCUGGGCGCCUGUCUUUAAAUGGGGUCUGGUUGUUGCUGGGUUUUCUGAUCUGACCCGCCCACCAGAAAAGCUGAGCCUUUCCCAGUCGUGUGUUAUUACAGCCACAGGCUUUAUUUGGUCACGGUACUGCUUGGUGAUCAUUCCCAAGAACUGGGCACUCUUUGCAGUAAACUUCUUCCUGGGUUUGUGUGGAAGCACCCAGCUCAUCCGAAUCUGGAGGUACAACCAGGAGUUAAAGCUGAGAGAAGGUGGAGUGCAACAUGAAUGAAAUUGACUGGGUACAAUGAUAAUCUAUGAGAGAGAGGAGGAGAGAGAGAGGGGGAGAGAGAUUAAUUACUUGAUUGAUUACUGGCUUAUGGCAUGUUGUAAAUGUUAUAUCGCAGAACGGUUUCCUUUUUGGUUACUGAAAAUGCCAUGAAUCAGUAAUUUUGCGCAAAAAUGUUAUGACACACUUUGUGACCCAAUAAAAGGUUAUAUUAUAAAAUUAAAAUGGAUGUUGUUCAUAAUCAAACAUAUUUACUGAAUGUACUGAAAAUCACUGUAUUCAGAUCAAACUUUCAGUGCUAAAUAAUUUAGGAAUUUACCACAAAUUGUAAAAAUACUGCAAAACUGUAGUCUGAAUCUGUGUUGUCUAUAUAUUGGACUGCAGUAAUUUGGUGGUCAGUUUUUUUGCACUUAUGACAUUGAUCAUGAUUAAAUUAUGUGACCUGUUAAGAUAUGCUGUAGAGCUAAUUUAAAUUAUUACAUUUAGUUGUUAAUUAUUAAAAUUUUAAUUGUUUGUGUCCAUUCUUUGUUGUUUAGACUAUUUUGAAUACAUUUUAAAGUAAUUGCACAGUUACUGGCCUCAUAUUGGCCUUUAUGGACAACAACAGGAUGUGAUUUCAGUGCUCACAUUAGUUUUUUUUUUUUUUUUUUUUUUGACCUUUCCUUCAUUGUAGGAUAAUGAUAAACAUAUUUCAGGUUGAAAGUCUUGGGCGAUGGCUUCCAAUUACAGGAGAGAGAUUUACCUGCCAAAAGACUACGCAUUUCUGUUUGUUCAGAAAGGAGUUUAAACUUACAGUCUGUAAAUCAGACCUUCUUUUAAACAUGCAUAUAACACAACUUGUAUACAGACGAAGGGGGAAAAAAGCAUGCAAUAAGAUGAUGAACCACCACAAGUCACUAAAACAGCUUCAGUGUAACUUGGCAUAGAUAUAGCAUAUGAUUUACAUAGUUGUCAUACUCCUCAUACCAUUCAGUGACCCCUCAUGCCAUGUGGGUGAGGGCAUCGUCACCCAUUCAUUUCAGGAUAGAAAUGUUUCAUCAGUAGGAGAUGAUGCUUUAUAUUUGUAUGGAAGCAUCAUUUCCACUCAUUUCAGUUUUUUUUUCCUUAAAACUUUCACCAUUUGUAGAUAACAUGCAUCUGUGAAUUCAUUGUGAUACACAGUGAUGUUAGGUUAUUGUUCACAGGGAGAGUUAACUAAAUCUUCAUUGUUAAUUUUGUGUGACUGCUUGAAGCUUAGUACAUUCUAAGUGCUGCAAUAAUAAUACAGUAAUAUAGAUUUCAGACAGUUUGACAGUGACGAAUUGCUGCUGUCAGAACAAAACCUUGUGUCUACAUUUUUGUCCUGUUUCAGCUUUUGAUACAAUUUAAAAAUCCCUGUUGCCUUUGACAUUGUAAAUUUUAUGAACAGCUAAAAAAAAGGCUCAGAAUGACUUGGAAAAAUGUCUGUAUACAUUGACUUUGCGUUGAAAAAAGUAUAAUAAAGUAUGAAUGUAUAAUAAUAAUAAUAUUUUUUUUUAAGUAUUCCUGUAAAUGAUCAGUUUGGAGAUACAAGGUUUUAUUCCAACAGCAGCAAAAUAUUGAUCAGUACAUUUUGUUUUGCUUGAAUCUGUUGUUUGGUGUGUAUUGUAUGGAUGCCUCCAUGAGUACCUAAAUAAAAUAAUUCUUUGCAUUCCCA